UUCUAGGAUAGGCGCUCUCAGAGUGGCAGACGCCCUGGCUUUUGACCCAGAAAGUCUGGCUCUGCUAUUUGCCGACCACUUUUUCCUCAUUCGGCCUCAGUUUCCUCAUUUACAAAUUGGGACUAGGUGAUCUGUCCGGCACUACGGUCCUCGGUCCCCUCGCUGCCCCGGGCUGAAUCCCACCCCCACCUCGCUGCGGACUGGCGCGGGGAUGACAGGGGAUGGGGGAGCGGGGAGGGGUUCAAGCUUCCCUUGCCUCCUGUCCCCGCCCCUCCCGGCCGGUGCUGCGGCCACGUCUGGAAGCCACUUGUGCUCGCUGAGCUCCAGGACGGCAGAGACGGCGCCCCGCUCCCGGGUCAGUGGAGGGCAAGAGCAGAGAGGUGCAGCCUGGGGCUCGGGGUCCCGCCAGCUAAAAGCAGGCCAUCUGUGCCUGUGGUCUUCCUGGCCCCUGUGGCACCAUGGCUUGGCCACGCAUUUCCAGCACUACCAUGGCUGUCCUCUUCAUAGUACAGACGGGCCUCCUGCUCUACCUGUAUACACACCACAACCACCUGCUGCCCUCCUUCAAGGAGAAGCCGGCCCAUGUCCACGUGCUGAUCCUGUCCUCCUGGCGCUCGGGCUCCUCCUUCGUGGGCCAGCUCUUCAGCCAGCACCCAGACGUCUUCUACCUGAUGGAGCCGGCCUGGCACGUGUGGGUGACCCUCUCCCAGAGCAACGCUGAGGUGCUCCACAUGGCUGUGCGGGACCUGGUGCGCUCCGUAUUCCUCUGUGACAUGAACGUCUUCAGCGCCUACCUGCCUUGGUACCGAACCCUGUCGGACCUCUUCCAGUGGGCCGUCAGCCGAGCGCUGUGCUCCCCGCCAGCCUGCAGCGCCUUCCGGAGAGAGGACAUCACCAGCGAGGCUGCCUGUAAGAGCCGCUGUGGGCAGCAGCCCUUCCAGGCCCUGGCAAAGGCCUGCCGCUCCUAUAGCCACGUGGUGCUCAAGGAGGUGCGCUUCUUCAACCUGCAGGUUCUGUACCCGCUGCUGACCGACCCCUCCCUCAACCUGCACAUCAUCCACCUGGUCCGGGACCCGCGAGCCGUGCUCAAGUCCCGGGAGCAGUCGGCCAAGGCCUUGGCGCGGGACAACGGCAUCGUGCUGGGCACCAACGGGACGUGGGUGGAAGCCGACCCCGGGCUGCGGGUGGUGCAGGAGGUGUGCCGCAGCCACGUGCGCAUCACCGAGGUGGCCCUGCAGAAGCCGCCGCCCUUUCUGCGGGGCCGCUAUCGCCUGGUGCGCUUUGAGGACUUGGUGCGGAACCCACUGGUCGAGAUCCGAGGCAUGUAUGACUUUGCUGGCCUUCGCAUUACCCCGCAGCUGGAGGGCUGGAUCUACAACAUCACGCACGGCCGGGGGCCUGGUCAGCUUAAAGAGGCCUUCAAGAUCACCUCCCGAGAUGCUCUUAACGUCUCCCAGGCCUGGCGCCAAGCUCUCCCCUUCCCAAAGAUCCACAGGGUGCAAGAGCUGUGUGCUGGGGCCCUCCGCGUGCUGGGGUACCGGCCGGUUGACUCUGAGAAGGAGCAGAAGGAUCUCACUUUGGAUUUAGUGCUUCCCCAGGGAAGGAGCAAGUUCAGCUGGACCUCCUUUGCAUCUUCUGAUGCUCGAGAAAAGUAGGACUCAAAGCCGCUCUACACUUCCUGGGCCCUGGGAAGCUUUUAUUUAUGCACGUUGUAAAAUCAUUGGCUACCUGGAGCGUUCCCUAGUCGCCUAAAUGGAAGGAGGGGCCAUCUUGGAGACAAAAGCUGGGUGAUCUCGACUGUGGAUGAGGAUUUCUCCACUAAUACUCAGAUUUGCUGAUGCGGGGAACAGUUUUAUACAGAUAACCCAAUUGAUUAUAAUUGAAUGGAUUUUUUAAAGUUCCAAAGCACUAUUGGUUUUUCUCUCUUUACUAUAAUUUUUCUUUGGCUUCUUUUUAGUGGAGCAAGUCUUUUAUUUCCUUCCUACCAGUCCUCUUCCCCUUUUUCCUGUUAUCUUUUGAUCCUAGCCAACCUAGCUACCUAUAGAAUGGGGAGAAGGGGAGGGAAUGAAUUAUAUGAUGCACCACCAGCUGCCUCUAUAAAAGUAUUUAUUCAGUUAUUUCCUCUUUCCCCACACCAUCUUUUUGUUCAUUGGCAUAUGUCUUUUAUGUAUAUAUUUUAUGUAGUUUUAGUCAAUAUAUGAAUUGCAUUUCUAGUUCUAACUUCUUUUCUUUGUGGUAUUUCAUAUCUUCUCAUAUUUAUUUGUGUUCUUUGUAUUUGCCAUUUUUAAAUGGCAUUCGAAUUAUCCUAUCUGUACUAUAGAGGAUAGAUUGCUGACCUUGAUACCAGGAUCAGACACUUGAAAGUUGUGAGACCAGCUGAGUGUCCCAGUGGAUAGAAUUGCAGGCCUGGAAUUAAAAGGUUACUCUUCUUUGUGAAUUCAAAUCUGGCCUCAGAUAUUUACUAGCUGUAUGACCCUGGGCAAGUCAUUUAAUCCUAUUUG